GUCUGUUCUUUCUCCUCUGGAAGACCCCCAGUAACACCAGGAACACCAGUAAGGGUCCCAGUGCUGGAUACUGGGGAAAGAUCAGAGGCGCCUUCUACAGUCUGAUGGGAUCCAGCCCUCGUGUCCGCGGCUGUGGAGGAGAGGAUACAGCAUCUUCUGGAUCCAUCUGUGGUCUCGGCUGCCGUGGAAGAAAAGAUUCAACGUCUUCUGGAUCCAGCUGUAGUGUCGGCUGCUGUCGAGGCGAAGAUGCAACGUCUCCUGGUGUAGGUGCAGGCCCUGGAGAAGUGGCUCAGCGGCCGCAUCAAGGACCAGGCGUCGCUCCGCCUCACAGGAAGCUGCUCAGACUGUGGACGACCCGACGCAGACAAAAUGGCCGACUUCGCUCUGGAGACUCAUGGAGCACGUGUGAUCAGCACCAGGUGUUCUGAGACGUAUUACAGCUCAGCCGGUUUCCCUCUGUUUGGUUUCCGUCGGUUUGGUUUCCCUCGCUGGUAUCCAUCAGAGAGCCCAAGCAUCGUCAUCCAGGGUUCCCCGGUGCUGUUGGCGGGUCAAUGUUGGCCGUUUCACGGUGCGCAGGGCACGCUCCUGAUCUCCCUCUCUCACCCCAUCACCGUGAGUCACGUGACCCUCGACCACAUCCCCCGAUACAACUCUCCCACCGGACGCAUCGACUCCGCCCCCCGAGACCUCCAGGUCUACGGCAUGAGGGAGGAGUCAGAGGAAGGCUCUCUGCUCGGGACCUUCACCUACGAUGAGAACGGAGAAUCUACGCAGACGUUCAAACUGCCCAUCUCCAGUGUUGUCUAUGUUACAAGACCCUAUGCUAAAUAAGACCCUAUGCUAAAUAAGACCCUAUGCUCAAUAAGACCCUAUGCUCAAUAAGACCCUAU